AUGGCUGAUGUUAGCGCAGCUGAAACAGCAAUGAUAAUAGAGGCGCUUACCCAUCAGCGGAUAGUAGCACAUGUAGAUGUCUUCAUCACUGCGCUUCUCGUCUGCGAGAUAAUCAUCAAUCUCCCCGUCGAGAUUGAGCAUAUUUGGAUGAAGAGAUGGUCAUAUUUGACCGUCCUAUAUAUCAUCCAACGUUAUCUCCCAUUUUUCGAUACAGCUGUCAUGGUCCUUAACCUCCAUUUUGGAGAAAAUUUGAGCACUCGUGAUUGCACCUUGAACUACAACAUCAGCGCAUGGUGCUUCAUUGUCGGUAUCGUGCUGUCUGAGAUCCUCCUAACUCUACGUGUGUGGGCAGUCUGGCAAAGAAGUUUACCGGUGGCUAUAGGACUCUCCGUCUUCUUCUUCGCCUGUUGGGUGCCUUGCUAUGUUCUGUUCGCGCAGUCUUUGAGUGCCGCAGUUUUCGCAACUCUCCCACUGCCUAAUUUUCGUGGAUGUUUAAUCGCCAAUGGAGAUCAUAUUAUCUUUUUGUGGUGGGUAUUAAUGAUGGUGUAUGACACCGGUAUACUGGUGGCGAUCCUCAUUCCUGGAGUUGCUGCAUAUCGGAGGGGUGGAAGAUCCGAACUCGUCAGAACUGUAUACCAUGACGGCGUUAUAUACUACGCACUCAUAUUCUUAGUCUCGACGAUUAACGUGAUCGUCACCCUCGCCCUUCCGCCCGACCUUGUCCUCCUUUUGACUUCAUUCGAACGUGUACUACAUUCCAUCCUAACAAGUCGCUCAAUCCUUCACAUUCGUCAAAUAGGCGCGAAAGUGCUCGCCAGACAACACGGCGGCGGCAAUUUGCAUGAAGCGAUUGCACUUCCUUUCUCUACCAAACAGCCACAGACAAACUCGAUUUGA